UGCAAAAUCUCAAGGACGGUCGAUGACGAAUCCGAUGAUGGAUGAAUUUGAUGGAAACCGUGGGUCCGUCGGUGCACAUCUUGCUUCACUUCCGAAGCUAACAACCUCAGAUGCAAUGCCAUUAAGAGGCAGCAAUUCUCCAAGUUGGGGUGAUGGAAUUGGAUUGAAUGAUGGUGAUCAAGGUCAUUUGAAGACUGUCAAUGAGAAUUAUGGGAAUCCACAGCAGGUUAGUAGCUGCAAGAUAAACUUCACGGCAUCGUCGUUUGAUUUCCAUACAGAGAGAGGGGCAAAGAAUGCAUCUUCAAGAGGUGAAGGUAUGGUGGAUUCAUGGAUCUGUUCUUCUAAUUAGAACAAGAUAGAGCAAGCAAUGUAGCAUAGGAAAAAAAGAAAAAGAAAAAAGAGGAGAUGUUGG